UGAGAAGUCUCGAUGAACUGCAUUAGGCGAGGCCUGAUCUUCCUUUUUCCUUCUUAUCGGGUCCUUGGGUCCCUCAGCCUUAAAUAUAUAGCCCAGGUCCCUGGUCUGCCCUUUCUUCGACGUCUCGCCCGCUAGACUCGACACUAUCGCACACCACCACCGCCCACCAUGGCAUCUGACGAGAACAAGGGCUUCUACGAGGAGAAGAAUGCCUCCCCAACCACCUCUGCCGUCGAGCCUGCCAAGACCGGCUACGUGUCCGGCCUCAAGAGACGCCUGCCCGGCUUCAGCCUCGAGGUCCGUCAAGAGGAGAGCAGCUUUGCCGUCUCGGCGAGAGCCUCCAAUGCCGACUUCGACCCCAUCCCGCCGUCGAAGCGCACCUGGAACUGGGGCGCCUAUGUCGCCUACUGGAUGGCCGACGCCUGGGCUGUCUCCAACUGGGAAGUCGCUUCUUCCAUGAUCGCCGUCGGCCUCAGCUGGAAGAUGGCAAUCGGCGCCUGUGUUCUCGGCAACACGAUUAUGGGUCUCGUCAUUACCGUCAAUGGCAGAAUUGGUGCUACUCUUCACACACCGUUCCCCGUGCUCGCACGCAUGCCAUUUGGCUACUACUUCAGCUACUUCGUCGUCUUGUCCCGCUGCGUCCUCGCCAUCGUCUGGCUCGGUGUCCAAACCACGACUGGCGGCCAAUGCAUGACCGUCUUGCUCACAGCCAUCUGGCCGAGCUUUGCCAACAUACCCAAUCACAUACCCACCAGUGAGGGUAUCACCACGGCGGGAAUGUGUGGAUUUGUGCUCUACUUCCUGCUUCAGCUUCCAUUCCUAUGCAUACCUUACACCAAGGUCCAAUACUUCUUCGCCUUCAAGAGCGUUAUUGCACCAAUCAUUUUCUUGGCCAUUUUCGGUGACACGCUGCACAAAGCCGGCGGCACCAUCAGCAAUAGUACCGUCAUCACCCAGGGCACUACUGUACACGGUUCGGUCCUCGCUUGGGCCUUUUUCGCCAAUCUCAACGGAGUCUUGGGCAACUACGCCACCUUGGGCCUGAACAUCGCCGAUUUUUCGAGAUACGCCAACAAGCCCAGCGCACAGAACGUCCAAGCCCUCGUCAUCCCCGUCAUCUUUACUAUUGUUGGCCUGCUUGGCAUCUUUACUGCCGCAGCCGCUCAGUCCGCAUAUGGCGAUAUCAUCUGGAACCCCAUCGAAAUCCUCAGCCUGUGGAUGAAGUCCGGGUCCCACGCUGGCCGUGCUGCUGCCGCCUUUGGCGCCAUCGGCUUGCUCAUUGUCACUCUCGGUAUCAACAUCUCGGCCAACUCCAUUAGUGCAGCCAACGACCUCAUGUCGUUCUGUCCCAAGUACAUCAACAUCCGCCGUGGUCAAUUGCUUGCUGCCGUCAUAGGUAGCUGGGGCUUCGUUCCAUGGAAAAUCCUCGCAUCAGCCGCAAAGUUCCUUGCUUUCCUAGGCGGCUACACCAUUUUCCUAGGCCCCAUGACAUCCAUUAUCAUCACCGACUACUACAUCGUCCGACGCGGCAACGUGUCCGUACCGGACAUGUACAACUUCCACGGCAUCUACCGCUACUCGCCUAGAUACGCUAGCAACUGGCGCGCCGUCGUCGCCUUCUUCAUCGGCUGCAUUCCCCCGCUCCCCGGCUUCGUCAACAACAUCGUUGAAGCGGGCAAUCAGAAAACCAGCGUCUCUUUGGGCGGUCAGCACCUUUUCAACAUCGGCUACAUCUACUCCUUCGUCGCCGCCGGCGUCUUCUACUGGGGCUUCAAUCGAUUUUUCCCGCACCCCGAGUCCUUCAUGGACCACCCCGAGACGGGCGAGGACAUCAUUGCGGCCAACGACGCCAAGAAUGUUGAGCAGCGUCGCGCGAGUCGAGCUGAGCGGAGGCCGAGUAUUGUUGCUCAGAUCUUCGAGGUUUAAGGGUCUGGCAUGACUUCGCUUUCGUCACGAUCGUUUAAAUCGUUGAAGGGCCGAGCGGGUGGAAGGCUGUCUUUCAUUAAUCCCGCGCAUGACUGCGCACAUUCCUCCAAAGAUAUAUAGAUAGACAACUCGUGUACGAGUAAAUGUGUAACGGCCACAAACAUGCGUAAAACACAGCU